AUGUCGUUUUUUAAUAAAGAAAAUUUUCAAAAACUUGGAAGAGCCGCUAGCGUCCUAAAUUCAGGCAUUCAAGCAGUUACAGCCGCCCAACAAGUCUACCAGGCCGUUAACGGAACGGGGACGCAAAAUGGGACGACUAAUCAACAACUCCAACCUUCCCAAAGAGAAAUUACUUUUGUCCAGCCAAAUGCUGCUGAGAAGGGGGAUAAAAAUAAAAGUUUGUUUGGAGAGUUUAAUGAAGAGUUUCUCAAAAAGAAUAUUUCUUUAAUUAAUCAACAUCGUCCUUCUGAUGGUUCUACUCCGCUAAUUUGUGCUGUUUUGCGAAAAUGCCUGGAUUCUGUUGUUUUGCUUUUAUCUAAUGGGGCUUCUGUAAACGCUACCGAUUCAAAAGGAAAUACAGCUUUGCAUUAUGCAGAUUCACCUCUAAUUGUAAAAGCAUUAAUUAUUUUCAGAGCCGAUUUGAAUAUUAAAAAUAAAGCUGGAAAUGAUUGUUUUUCUGGUAGAAAAAGGCAGGAAAUUACUCAAAUUUUAUUAAAAGCCAAACUUUGGGAUGAACUAAAAAUUAUUGAAAAUGCAUCAACCACAACUUCCUCUUCACUUCAAACAAAAAUAAAUGAACAUAAACAACAAAUAGCCAUUCAAUAUCAAUUUAGAAAAGAUUUAGAAGACAAAAAACGAUCCCUUAGAUUGUUGUCUUUGGAUGGGGGAGGGAUUAAAGGGCUUGUACUUAUUCAGAUAUUGAUGGAAUUGGAAGAUAUUUGUGGAAAUACUGAAAAUUUUGUGACAAAAAAUUUUGAUUGGAUUGCUGGGACGAGUACUGGAGCGAUUUUGGCCCUAGCAUUGGCAGACGGAUAUAAACCAAUACAAUGUUUACGUCUCUACUUGCGAUUAAAAGAUGAAAUUUUUCUAACUCGUUCAAAUCCUUUGGUGCCUUAUCCUGAUGAAAAAAUUGAAAAAUUCUUGAAAGAAAAUUUUGGAGAAACUCGGAAAAUGGCUAAUAUUAAGAAUGAAAAAUUGAAAGUUUUUGUUACAGCAACAAAAGCAGAUCAAAUUCCUAUAAAAAUGAUACUUUAUCGAAGCUAUGAUACUCCGUUGAAAAAACCAAUAGAUCCUUUACCUCAAAAUGUAAAUAUUUGGAAAGCUGCUAGAUGCUCUAGUGCCGCUCCAACCUUUUUUAGUAGCGUAAAUGGAGUUAUGGAUGGAGGCCUAAUGGCAAACAAUCCUGGAGUUACAUUACUUUUGGAAGUUUUUAAAAAUAUUGAUUUUCAAGCAUUGAGUGACAAAAAUGAAAACCCUCCUCCCGAUUUGGCUUUUAUGCUUUCCCUAGGUACAGGAAAAAGCCCCGAAGUCGCUGUACCAAUACCAGAAUUUUCUCCUGAAUUGGGAUUGCAAGGGAUAAUUCAAACAGUGCAGUCACUUAAUAAUUUGAAGUCAAUACUUGUUGAACAGUUAUCAACUUCUGACGGUCAAGUGGUGGAAAUAGCUCGUUAUAUGUCACAUACUCGUCGUGUCCCAUAUUUCCGUCUUACGCCUUCAUUAAAUACAGAUAUUCAGUUGGACACUGUGGACAAUACUUUGCUUAUUGAAAUGCUUUGGACUACCAAGGAAUAUAUAAGAGAAAAAUGCUCAACUGAUGUCUUGUCUUUGUUGGAACUUUUUUCUGCAUUUAAUAGAGGCAACGAAUAA